AUCGGGGAUCGAGAUCCCAAACUUUUCGACCGCCUUGUUUGGCGCGGUAAACACGUUCCGUCUCAGCUCGCGUCCUCGACCUCCACCAAUCCUCCGGACAAUAUGAGUCAGUACGUGCAUGUGCCCAAGUCCGAGCUCGACGAGGCGCAGCUACGCGCCCUAGAGGAACAUGAGAUCAGCCAGGGUCCACUCUCCGUACUUCAGCAGGCCGUACGGAAUCAUACGCAAGUUCUCAUCUCCCUCCGAAACAACAAAAAGCUGCUUGCUCGUGUAAAGGCCUUUGAUAGGCACAGCAACAUGGUCCUUGAGAACGUCAAAGAGAUGUGGACCGAGCUGCCAAAGGGUAAGAACAAGAAACCCGUGAACAAGGACAGAUUCAUCAGCAAGAUGUUCCUUCGUGGCGAUUCGGUGAUUCUCAUCCUGCGUAACACCGCAUGAGCUGUCGCAUUGACCUCGCUGCAUGUCGCAUUUGCGCUCUGUUGUGCGGGCCUUCCUAAGGUGUACUGCAGGUGUGAACAUUCUUGUAAGUUUGGAGACUGUAAAACUGUAUAUUACAUUUGCUGCACUGAAUGUCCAUCGUCACGGAGCAAUGGCUGCCGCCAAUCGAUCACUC